AUGAAAUGCUUGCGAGUUGCUCUACCGCUGCGCGAUGCGCUGCUACAUACUAACAGACAAGUCGAUAUGACUAACUCUGGCAAUAUAUUAUCUAACGUUCAAAAUACAGUCCUCAGUUAUAGUGGUGUGACGGCGUGCGACGGACGCGCAUACGCGAAUACACGAACGACUUAUUCGACUGUCGGGUUUCUAGUUCGGCGAGUGGGUGAGCAGGGUCGCGGUACCAGCGCUGCGCAAGCGGCGGCACAG